CUGGAGGUCGCCAGCGGAGCGUGUUCCGGCCGCGCCGCCUGUGCUCGCUGUCAUGUGGGUUCUCGCUGUGCUCCUGCUGCUGGUGACGGCGUUCCUGUGGAUUCGAAGGCCGCAGCGACCGACCAACUUUCCGCCGGGCCCCCCAACAUUUCUCAUCUUUGGCAAUCUUUGGACGGCGAUUGAGUCGAUUCGAGGCCAGUUUCUGGAGAGCAUAAAGCAUUGUCGGCACGAGUUUGGAGAUAUUCUUGGCUUCGUGCUUCCCACUGGUGAGAAGACUGUGCACAUUUGCAAGUUUGAAGACAUAAAAGAGGCGUGCGCGAUGCAAGAAAUGUCUGGAAGACCGAACAGCUUUGCUCUGCUAGUCCGCAGCUUCCAACAAAAGCUUGGUGUCAUUUUCAGCGAAGGCCCUGCCUGGGUGGAGCACAGGCGCUUUGCUUUGAGGCACCUGAGGGAUUUGGGCUUCGGGAAGAACUCCAUGGAGUCGACAGUUUUGAACGAAUUCGAAGAGCUCUCCCAGGAGAUGAAGCGUGAAAUUGACUCACCGAUGAAGGUCAACUUUCGCUUCAACCUGACGGUGCUGAACAUACUUUGGAGACUGGUCGCCGACAAGCGGCUGGAGAGUAGUGAUCCCAAGGCCCAACACUACAUCGCGACGGUCAACGAAUUCUUCACUACCAUCGGUCCGGGUAACCCGAUGAACCUGGCGCCGUGGCUGCGUCACAUCGCCCCUGAGUGGAGCGGCUACGCGCCGCUGAUCCGACAUCGCGAGACCACGGUCGGCAUGUUCCACGAGGUGGUCCACGAGCAUCGGCAGACGCUGGACCGCUCCAGCCCCCGCGACUUCAUCGACCAGUUUCUGCUGGAGAUGGAGAAGCCAGAUGCUGAGGCUCGCCUCUUCACCGAACGCAACCUGUCCAUCAUCGGCAUGGACUUGUUCAUCGCUGGCAUGGAGACGACGUCUACCUCUCUGAGCUGGGCGUUGCUCUUUAUGGUCAAGCAUCCAGAGGUUCAGAGUCGCGUGCAGCGCGAGAUCGACGCUGUUCUCGGCGGAAUUCCGCCGACCUACGGCGACCGCAUGCGCAUGCCGUACACUGAGGCCACGCUGAUGGAGGUGAUGCGGCGUUCCAAGGUCAUCCCUGGCGCAGCGCCGCACUGUGCACUGAGUGACAUCUCGUUCCGCGGCUACACCAUUCCCAAGGGCACCACGGUGAUAAUGCAUCUGCACAUGGUGCACAUGGACCCGGCGUACUGGGGUGACCCGGAGGCGUUCAGGCCCGACCGGUUCCUGCACGCCGACGGCAGCGUGCGCCGUGAUGAGCGGCUCAUCCCGUUCGGCAUCGGGAAGAGGUUUUGCCUGGGAGAGACGCUGGCGCGCAUGGAGAUGUUCAUGCUCUUCACCUGCCUGCUGCAGCGUUUCAGCUUCACCGCCGUCCCGGGGCAGAAACUCUCGCUGGAGGCCAGGUUCGCGGUUGUGCAGCAGCCUCCCGAGUUCUUUGUGACCUACAAGCCGCGUGAUUAGCCUGUAUGAUCUACAAGCCGCGUGACUAGCCUUUGUGACCUACAAGCUGCGCGACUGUCCUUUAUGACCUAGAAGCCGCGUGACUAACUUGCAUGACCUACGAGCCGCGUGACUAGCCUUUAUGACCUACAAACCGCGUGACUAGCCUUUGCGACCUAUAAUCUGCGUGACUAGCCUUUGUGACCUAAAAG